AUGUCGCACUUCUCGAGCUUCACUAGCAGGUUCCGCGCGCGUAAAAAUAUUACGCAAGAGUCUCCAGCCACUAAGGUGGCGAAGAGACCCAGAGAGUCGCAUGUCUGCAACCAAUGCAGAAGAUCCAAGCUCCGAUGCGAUCGAGCACAACCGUGCAGCAGCUGCAUCAAGAGAAAUGAUGCAGACACUUGCUCGUAUCGCCAGACCCCUGAUUCCAAAGUCGCUGGCAGCCAAGCAACUAUCGAAGGCAGACUGGCUCAUUUAGAAACAUUGAUCACGGAUCUAAUGCGAAGUCGUGAGUUAGGAAUACCCGAGAAUGGGGAUAUGGAUCCCGUUGAGACUUCCGGGAGUCCCUUUCAAGAUGAUGAAGUACAUGCCAACAGCUAUGUUGGAUUCACCCAUUGGUCAGCCGUUCUAGAUGAUAUCCAUGAGCUAAAGGCUGUUCUGGGUGGCUCCGCUGAACGGACUAGAACUGGGAGAUCUCCGUUAGAAGUCCCUCUGGCUCCAAGCGGGGAGCUAAUUUUUGGAUAUCAGGAAUCCUAUUCUUUGGAAGAAAUCAUUACCGUAUAUCUGCCAUCAAAAGUCGAUACUGAUCGACUUCUCUCAGUAUACUUCCAAGGGGAGACUUUCAUCGUUCCAUUCAUCCAUGCGUACCAUUUCCAGCGCCAAUAUCGAGAGUUCUGGGCUGACACUCAAGCCGUAAAUCCUCUAUGGCUGUCCAUGCUUUUUUCCAUUUGCUGUCUAGCUGCCCUAAUCAGGGAGAAAUCUACCUCAAAUGACAACCCCCAUGGAGAAUUUAUCACCCAAAGUAUGGCUUUCCACACAGCUGCUGGGAAAUGUCUGGUGGUAGGAGAAUAUCAUCGGCCACAGACCUUUGCCGUGGAAUCACUAGCGAUUUAUGCACAAAGUAAAAGCCUAAAAACAUUAGAUCCUUGUCGAGAAGCCGGUGCAAUCCUAGGAAUGGUCAUUCGCCUUGCAUACGAAAUGGGCUACCACCGUGACCCAGAUUCAGUUGGGUCCUUGACCGUCUUUGAGGGUGAAAUGCGCCGACGGUUUUGGGCAGCAUGCAAGCAGGUAGAUGUAAUGACCGCUUUUCAACUUGGUCUUCCAAGUAAUAUUUGCCUCGAGAACUGUGAUACAAAAUCACCGAGAAAUCUCCUGGACUCGGAUUUCGACACAGAUACUCAGGUUUUGCCUCCGUCUCGAUCCGAGAAUGAGGCCACGAAACUACUAUGGUUCGUUAUCAAAGACAGACAGUUGGUUAGCUUUAGCAAGGUCUGUCAAGAUGCACUCUCUUUCAAGGAGAAUUCUGAAUCGGAGAUUCUUCAGCUGGACGAGGAAGUCAGACAGAUGCAUACGACUGUUCCAGACAUCUUACGUACACGUCCCUUUUCAGAGUCCAUUGCAGAUGAAUCUUUCCUCGUAAUGACCAGAAUUUACAUUGAAUUCAUCUAUCUCAAAAGUUUAUGUAUUCUUCAUCGCAAAUAUAUGGCCCGGGGCAAUGCAUAUAGUGCAAAAACUUGUGUCGAGGUUGGAACUCAACUUGUUGGUCAAUUUAUCGAUAUGUACAAGGAGAUUUCGCCUGGUGGCCGUUUACAUGCGGAGCGCUGGAUGCUCACCAGUUUCACAAUGAAUGACUAUUUACUCGGUAUCAUGGUGCUCUGUCUGGUAGUGCAUACAUAUCGCAAGGGAGUCUUACAGCCUCCAGUCAUGGACUCUUCAAAGGAACGUGAAAUACUUCAACUACUCGAGCAGUCAUUUGAUAUUUGCAUGGAAAAAUCUUCGGUCUGCAAAGAUGCAAAGCGUGUUUCGCAUGUAGUGCACCUUAUUUUGAAUAGCAAUACGGCAUCGAAUCCAUCUGCACUACCACAUUUCGAUAAUACGGGACCGGGGCUGGGCAAGGGGCCGAUAUCCCUGGAAGAUGAACACAGUAAUAAAGGAAUCGACACCAUGGCAUUCGACUUCCUCGAUCCGUUUUCUUUAGUGGGCAAUGGGUUUGAGAAUCUCGAUUGGUUUUCCUUUGAUCCUCAACUUUAA